UCCACGCUCUGAAUCCUGAAUCCAUCCAAUCCAUUUUCCAAUCCAAUCCAUCCAGGAGCGCUGAGCGCAAAAGUUGCGAUGUUGCUGUAAUAAACUAUGGAAGGUGAAAUUCCUAGUCCUGUUGAUAAAUUGAGAGCCCUGCAAGCCGAAUUGGAAAGCCAACUCUGUGUCUCGCCGGAGGCAGAUGUAUCUGCACUGAUAGUUGAAUACCUUCGUCGCGCUGAUGGCACCGAGGAAACCGCCCAACUUUGGAAUUUUGAUGCAGCUCCGGUGUUUCUCUGCAGACGCGGAGUGGGUUAAUACCUCUCACCUGACGCCCUCCAGCGCCGAUUUCAGAGGGCGCAUUGUGGUCGUGGACUUUUUCACAUUCUGUUGCGUGAACUGCAUUCACAUUCUGCCUCGUCUCAAAGCCCUGGAAGAAGAGCACCGCGACAACGGUGGCUUUCUCGUUGUUGGCGUCCACUCCGCCAAGUUCGAGCACGAGAAAAAGCGGGAGAGCUUAGAAUCUGCCGUGCAGAAGCUGGGUAUUACACAUCCCGUAAUCAACGAUGCUUCCUACACGCUAUGGAAUCGCCUUCAAGUUCGCUGUUGGCCGACCCUAUUAGUUGUGGGGCCCAGGGGACAGCUCCUACUACGACUCGAAGGAGAGGCAGGGGUCACGUUACUGGCUCCCUUCUGUCGAGCAGCCCUCAAGUAUUUCGAGGAUUCGCUCAAAUCCGUGCCACUUCUUAAGCAAGUUGGUUCCACCUCAAUAAGCAGGCCUCUCACUGCGUUGCGCUUCCCUGCGAAGGUCUCUGCGCACGGUUCCAAGUUGGCCAUCGCAGACACGGGGAAUCAUCGCAUCCUGCUCGUUUCGUUUUCUGAAAAAAACGCAUCUCCGCCUGUGGCAGAGGUGUUGAAUGUCGCUGGUGGAGGCAGUCCAGGCUUUCGAGACGGAUCGCUCGAAGAGUCUCGAUUCUGCAGUCCGCACGGAGUGGCCUGGAGGAAUCGGGACUGUCUGUUUGUGGCCGAUACGGGCAACCAUGCUUUGCGCGAGAUCGACUGGACCACACGCACCGUACGGACAGUGGCCGGUACGGGAGAAAUGGGCCAGGACAAGGCUGGAGGACAGCUUGGCUCAUUGCAACCUCUCAACUCUCCGUGGGAUCUCGUUGUAGAUGGUGGUGUGCUCUAUGUGGCAAUGGCUGGUUCCCACCAGAUCUGGGCACUGCCACUCAAGAAUACAACCAUUUUUGGCAAAAGACCUCUCAACGAGGGCACGUGCGUGUGCAUAGCUGGGACAGGCGAAGAGGGCAACCGCAACAACAGUUACCCGCAUCGAGCCACCUUUGCGCAGCCUUCCGGAAUCACGGCGAAGAGCGGUGACGUCCUGUACGUAGCCGACAGUGAGAGUUCUUCAGUACGAAGCAUCUCUCUCAAGGACGGUUCUGUGCGCAACAUUGUUGGCGGAGACGUAGACCCAACCAACCUGUUUUGCUUUGGGAACGAGGACGGUGUCGGGCAGAAAGCGCGGCUUCAGCAUCCCCUGGGCGUGGCCUUCUCUGCAGAGACGGGGAAGCUGUUUGUUGCGGACAGCUACAAUCACAAGGUACGAGUAGUGGACGUCAAGACGCGCGCUUGCGACACUCUGGUGGGGCUAGUGAGUACCAACACUACAGUUUGCACGGAUAAAUCUGGUGAAGAAGCGCCACAAAGGACGGGCCUCUUUGCAGAACCAGGAGGUCUCUGUGUCACCAGCAGCUGCCUGUUUGUGGCAGAUACCAAUAAUCACUGUAUCAAACUCGUGCACCUAGACACGCUCUUGGUGGAAGAACUGCGGCUUACGUCGGCAGUUGGAAGUCCUGCCGGAGCAAGCGAGGGUGAUUCAGUGGACGACCUUCUGGACGGCAUGAACCUAGCCACUUCUCUCCCUUCGAAGUGCGACUGCGAUGCACUCAAGCCCCGAAUCCAAGAGGAUCCGUUUGAAACCUCGUCACUCGAAGGACCUCACACUUUGGGCGAGAACAGUACGACGGUCGUGGACCGUGUCCGGCUGCUCCCGAGUGGCUCCUUGGUCAUUUCUGUAGACCUCCCAGACAGCGUGUCUGGCGAUGCCCCUAAUUGUUGGUCUCUGAAAUGUGACGGUAACUUGUUCGAACCUCCAGAAACAACACGAGGUCGUAUAGGUGGCAGCACCGUAAGGUGUCGACUGCUUGUGAGAGGCUCUGCCGUGUUUUCGCAGCAUUCGCAAGUUCAGUUAUUGUUGCGAGUCUUUUUAUGUGAGCAGGGGUCUUGUAGGCCCGUCAAUCAUAGCGUACAUAUUCCUGUUACCGUAGAUCCUUCGGGAAGUACCGAAAUAAUGGUAAAAGUGCCUCCGUUAUUUCCCGCGUAGUUCGUUGUAGGGAGCCCCGUAUUCAUUUGAUGGCUUUUCCUUUGACCUCUGCCGAUAUGUAGGGAAGGUAAUCUCAAGUUAUAACUAAGGCCCAGCGUUUUUCGUGAUUCGGCGAUUCCGCGGAAUGUCGCGGAAUCUUUCGUUUGGCACGGAAUUUCACGGAAUGCGUUAUUUUUAGGGGUGUGCGGGUAUUCGAGUUCUCGAAUUCGGAUCAAAUAUCGAUCACUCGGAGUAUUUCGUUCUCGAAUCGAAUAUCCAACAUUAGGAUUUCCGAAUAUCCGGCUGUUCGCCGAAUACGAACGACACCCCCCCGUAUGUGGGCUUCACCUGAAACUUCCCUGCAUGAGGUGAAGUCCGCUUUACGAAACUUCUCCUGUAACUUCCACAGGACAGGUAUUGUAAGCUCCUUC